AUGCUACGGAACAGAGUUCUAUGGAUCGUGGUCACUGACAGUGCCGCCACAGACUACUCCGAUGAUGAAGGGGAGAGGGCGGUGGGGAUGUGGAGGAGGGUGAAGAGGCACAUGUGGGGGAUCAAGUUUGUGCCGAUGCCGCCGUUUGAUGCCUGCAGCCAAAAGUUCAGAGGAGUGCGUAAGUGGCCAAGGGGGCGUUGGGCGUUGGAGAUUUGCGACCCCACCCGGGGGAAACGCCUCUGGCUCGACACCUAUGACAGCCCGGAAGAAACUGUCGUCGUGUACGACAACGCCUCCGUGAGACUAAAAGGCCUUGACGCCGUCACCAACUUCUUGAAAAAUACGGUAACCGAGACGGCCGUUGAUACCUCGCUCACCUCAAGCAACACGGCUCUAUCCCCCGCCUCCGUCCUCUGUUACGACGACUUCACUCCGUUCGAUAGACCUGUGCAGAGUACCUUCAUCCCAAACGAAGCUGCCGCUGUCAACGAAUUCAAGGCGUUAGAUAAUCUGGAUUUCGAAAACUUUGACUUUGACUUUUACUUCUUCGGCUUAACAAUUUUUCCAUUAUUCCCAACACACUGCGUCCAUGAAUUUGACGAGUUUGAUGCUGAAAAUUAUUAG